AUGCAGCUGGGGGAGAAGAAGCACACGGCGCUCGUGGUGACUGAUCUUCAAAACGAAUUCCUUGAGCCGUUCGGAAGCUACUACCCUAUGAUCGAAGACAAGUUCAAAGAGCUCAACGUGUACGAUCACAUUGAACAACUCCUCAAGACUGCGCAAGAGAAUGGCAUCUACGUGAUCCACUCCCCGCACUACUAUUAUCCUACCGACCAUCAGUGGGUUGCUCCGGGCUCUGCAAUUGUCGACUAUCUUGCCCAUCUUCCCGCGGGUUUUGUGGGCCGAAAGGAUCCCGUUGAUCUUCAGGGCUUUCACGGUUCUGGUGCUGAUUAUCCCGAGCGGCUCAAGAAGUACCUUAUGGAUGGCAAGACGGUCAACACGUCCCCUCACAAGGGACUGUCGUGCCUUUCGAACGAUUUGAUUAGGCAGCUGAGACAGCGACGUAUUGAAAAGGUUAUCGUGGCGGGCCCUGUGGGAAACCUGUGUCUGGAGAAUCAUGUUCGUGAUAUCCUAGAGUAUGGGUUCGAAGUCGCCAUAGUGCGCGAUGCUAUUGCUGGGGGUCAGAAUGACGAGGGUGAUGGAUACGCUGCUGCCAUGACCAACUAUCGUUUCAUUACGAACGCGAUGUGGACUACGGAAAAAGCCAUUGAGAAGAUGAAGGCACUGGUCUAG